GUGACUCGAUUUUCACCUUUUCGUUGCAUUAUAAAAAGCUUUAACACUGAUAUUUCAUUCUCCCUCUGCAAAAUGUUCCAAGGACUAAAAGGCCGAGCGAGCGAUCUUUGUCAUGGACGAAUCGGUUUACGCAGAGUGCUCGUUCGCGCUCUUUCUUCAAAUGGCGUUAUUUCGGGUAUGAAAAGAGAAAAUCACUCAAUGUGGUGCUUCGAAAGGAAUAGAUGGAAAUGUCUUGUGCAUUUUCAGAAAAGAUACCUGCAAGACAUAAGAGCAAAGAAAGGUGACAAUAUUAUCCUCAUGGGAAGUCCUGGAGCAGGAAAAACUUCUGUUGGAAGAAUCCUUGGGAGAUAUUUGCAAAGAGAAGUUAUCGACAUUGAUGAUGAUGUUCUUGAGAAGGUGUGGAGAAUGACAGUUGCGGAAAAGUUGUCACAAGUGGGCUCUGAUGGUUUUGUUGAAGUAGAGGGGCAAGCUUUGUUACAGUUCUUUCCCAGCAAAGCUGUUGUGUCUUUGAGUGGAUCCAAUCCAAUGCACACAGCAGCCAUGGAUCACACCAGAUCACUCGGCACUGUUGUCUACUUAGAUGUGGCAGAUGAAGAGAUUUUGAAUCGGCUGGCUGCUAUGAAAGUAAACAGGAUUGUUGGGCAGAACGAAGGUAAGAGAUGA